AUGAGACAUGCAGAAUUUGCUGCAAGCAAUAAACAUCCAGCAAUUCUGCCAAAGGACUCGCAUAUAACAGAAAUGAUAGGAAGAGGAAUAACAUCGAAUGAGUUAAGGGCAUCUGGUUAUUGGAUCAUUGGAGGUUCAUCAGUGGUAGGUAGACAUAUUUCAAAAUGUGUCAUAUGUAAAAAAUUGAGAGGCAAAUUUCAAGAACAGAAAAUGUCUGAUUUGCCACCAGAAAGACUUGAACCUGCACCCCCAUUUACAUACUGUGGGGUAGAUUACUUUGGACAAUUCUUUGUUAAAGAAGGUCGCAAAGAGAUCAAGAGAUAUGGUGUUUUGUUUACUUGUAUGACUUCAAGAGCAAUCCAUUUAGAGACAGCAAAUACACUGGAGACUGAUUCAUUCCUUAAUGCAUAUCGGCGCUUCAUAGGAAGACAUGGCCCAGUCCGUCAACUCAGAUCAGAUCAGGGCACGAAUUUUGUUGGAGCUAAAAAUGAACUUCAGCAAUGCUUGCAAGAAAUGGAUCAAGAGAAACUAAAAGGGGAGCUAUUAAAAGAGAACUGUGACUGGAUUACAUUUGAAAUGAAUAUCCCUCACGCCAGUCAUAUGGGCAGAGUAUGGGAAAGACAGAUCCGUACUGUGAGGAAUAUACUAACAGCCCUAUUAUACCAUCAUGGUAGACAAUUAGAUGAUGAGUCACUCAGAACCUUUAUGGUUGAAGCAGAGACCAUAGUAAAUAGCCGACCCCUGGCAGCUGACAACAUCAGUUCUUCAUAUUCAUUAGAACCAUUGACACCAAUUAUUCAAGAAAAGGAUGGCGAAGAGUUCAAUACCUUGCCAAUGAAUUUUGGAAUAGGUGGAAAAAAGAAUAUGCUCAAUUGCUUCAGUGCAGGACCAAAUGGCCUUCAUUUACCAAAAAUGUUAAACUAA